CUGUCUUUCAGAACAGUCAGUUGCUUGUUUACGUAGUUCUCUAUUUCCGGUUCUGCGUCUUGAGGAGCAGCGUGGGUGUUUUCAAGGGCCUCCCAGCUUGAUACUUAACUUUGAUUUGCUGCAUUGUAGCUUUAAAUGAUUGCUCCUACUCAUGAAUGAGAGAGAAGUAAGCAAAGUGGCCUUUUGCUCAGCAGUCUUUGCAGGGUUUGCCUAUGUUGGAUACACAUUCUUUAGGAAUCAAAUUGGUAAAAGGAAGCACAAGAAAAAUGAACGGAAGGGCGUGUACCUGCGCCGACUGUCGCAGACCACGCAGACGGACGAGAUGAUGCGCGCCGAGCUGGACGGAGCCGCCGGCACGCUCACCGUCAAGCCGCGCUCCGUCCAGGAGAGGAUCCGCGAGCUGAACCUGCAGGCGCGCCUGUUCGCUGACACCAUGCUGGCCAUCCAGACACAGGACACGGGUGCCCGCCGGCCGCACUACCGCAGCUCGCAGUGCACGCCCUGGAGCUCGCCGCGCAUUCUCUCGCCGGUGGACGUGCGUCUGAUGACGUCAUCGCGCUCGCACGAGCAGCUGGCGUCGCCGCGCGGCCGGGCGCUGCUGAGCACGCGCCGUCGGCGGCUGACGGGGCCCAGCGAGGUGCCGGCGACGACGGCCACCGCCGACGACCUGCGGCGACUGGAGGACAUCGUCAAACAAACCAGAGAGUUGGACAGGGAGGAGGCGAGCCUGCUAAUCAAGCUGGCACGAUAUUCUGAUGCUGAUGUCACAAAGAAGACCCUGGUGACCAUCGGCAACUGCUGCGCCUUCACCGCCAACCAGGCUCUGUUCCGGCACGAGGGUCUGCUGCCGGUGCUGUCCGCACACCUGCUCCACCCGUGUCCCGAGGUGCAGAUCGCUGCCGCCCAGACCGCCUCCAACAUGGCGCUCAACCACGACAACCAGGAGCACAUGCAGGACUGCACGGAGGUGCUGCUGGCCAUGCUGGAGACGGAGGACGAUGACGUGCUGGAGGCGGUGCUGUCCUGUCUGGUGAACGUGGCCGUCCUCGACCGCUGGCACGAGCUCUUCACGCCCCACCUGUCCAUAUUGUACAGUUUCGUAGACGAGGCGCCGCCGAGACUGCAGAUGCACGCCCUCCGCCUCCUGGUGAACCUCGCCUGUAAUGACGUCACCAUUCCGGCCUUAUUGGCUGCUCAGGGUCCGCGGAAGCUGCUGUACUACCUGGAGCCGAGCACCGAGGAGACGGUGCUGCUCCGUCUGGUGACGCUGCUAGCCUCGCUGACCUCUGCCGCCGCCCGGCUAAAGAUCAACCCGGCCCUGGACCUGCCACCGGCGCAGAAAGUAGCCGCACCGGACACCAUGUACGCCCAGCUGUUUGGCGUCGGUGUCCGCCAGCGGUUGUCGCACAAAGCGGCCGCGCUGGCCACCCACCACGCCUCCGAGGACAUCCGCCUGCAGGCUGACCGGCUGCGGCAGGCGCUGGACGGCUAGCGCGGCGCCCGUAGGCGUCUAGUCAGCCGGGCUGUAGUCUGAUUGACUGAUCUCUGGAGAGUGUGUGGGGCGUGAGUGGCUGCGGUGGUGAGAGUUCGAGUGGUGAGAGAUAAGUCGUGGAGCGGAGUUUAUGAUGAGUGUUGGUGGUUCUUUAUGCUGAUGGAGUUUUCAUGGAUAUUUUUAUUUCGGCGUGAUUAAUUGCUUUCGCCAAUGUUUCCCCAAUAACUGACGACAAUUCUAAACUAAACCUCUAAACUGACGAAUAACGGCAUGCCGCAGAAGCCUCGGGAUAAAUCGUUUUUAGCUCCGUCGCUGCAUGAUUCACAUCCUUAUUGCUUGUCUAAUUGCACUUCAGGGCUGGCUCUUCCACUGAAGUUUCGUUGCAACCUCUUGACCCUCGUAAAAUUUGACAGCUUAUCUGAGUGCAUGUUGUGUUAUUGAAAUUUGGAAAACAGCGGGACUCCUCUCCCACUGUGAUAUUUCGUAGGUCAAUGAUUGUU